UGGGUGGAGGCUGUCGAGGAGCGCACUUUGCCACAUCGGGAUGACAGGGUGUGCGCCUUAAUCCACUAUAUAUGUAGAUCUGCUCACACGGAAGUCUCGUAGUGAGUGCAUUCCUCGCGAUAACACCUCACUCUGACUUCUUCCGGUUAGCAAGAAAACGCAGUUCACUGAAGAAGAUGACACUGACGGCCUCAUCUUCCUCGCACAAGAUGACAGUCCUGAGCAAAUUGGCACACCUCAGGAAGUGUGAAAUCCUGUGUGACAUCACCCUGCUGGUGGAGGGCGAGUGUUUCCGGGCGCACAAGGCCCUGCUCGCGGCGAGCAGCGACUACUUCUUACAGCUUUUCACCGCCAAAGAUGUUGACGCCAACACCGGGGCUACCUACCGACUGGACAGCGUAACGGCUGCCACGUGCGGUGCGGUGCUGGAGUUCAUCUACAGUGCCCGAGUGUGCGUUGAGGAGGGCGCCGGCGAGCAGCUCCUGGCAGCCGCUCGGUUGCUGAAGGUGGGCGACCUCCUGAAUGCGCUGCAGACCACGCGGCGACGCAAGGGAGGGCGAGCCAAGAAGAGCCUGCUCGUCAGGAAGCAAAGGAAGAAGAAUCCCUCGUGUGAUGACCACGCCGAAGAGCGACAGGAAGUAGCUAACAACAGAAAAGAACAGGAACAGCCCACUCGGGCAGGAAGACGCAGAAUCGUGCUGCCCGUCAAGUACGACGCCUUUAAAGUGGGCGGAGACUUAUCACCUGGAGGAGGAGGAGAGCCGGUGAGGAGGUGCAGGAAGAGAAAGUAUCCUGACACGGAGGCCAGAUGUCACGACUGUGGCAAAGGUUUCAAAAACCAUAUCUUCCUGAAGAUCCACCAACGUACUCACACAGGAGAGAAGCCUUUCUCCUGCCAGAUGUGCGACGCGGCGUUCACGCAGAAGCACACGCUCCUGGUCCACCAGCGCAAGCACACCGGAGAGACGCCGUUCGUGUGCAGCGUUUGCUCCAAAGUCCUCGCCACCAAGCACAGCCUUCACGAGCACAUGAACCUCCACCAAGAAAACAAGUCAUUCUGCUGCGACCAGUGUGGAAAGAGCUUCACUCAGAGGAGGCAGCUGAAAAGUCAUUACAGGGUCCACACGGGCAAAUCGCUUCCAGAGUGUGCUCAAUGCCAGCACAAGUUUUUGGAUACGGCCCAGUUGAAAAAGCACUUGCGCACUCACACAGGUGAGAAGCCGUUCACGUGCGAGAUCUGCGGGAAAUGUUUUUCUGUCAAGAGCACUUUGCAGACGCACAUCCGGAUACACAGAGGCGAAAAGCCUUACAGUUGCACCAUGUGCGACAAGUCCUUUGCCGACCGCAGCGCCUACCGCCGCCACGUGGCCUCCCACUCGGGCAAGAAGCCCUUCAACUGCUCGGCCUGCGGCCUCUCCUUCUCGCGCCUCGACAACCUGAAGACGCACAUCAACACCCACAACAAGGAGAGGGCGUCCAAAGCGGAGCCGGCCGAUCGAGGUGGGAAUGGCGCCGCCCUGCAGGCACAGGUCCAGAAGUAUCAGCUGGAGUCAGGCUCGGAGCAGGAGAUCCAGCUUCUGGUGACGGGGGACAACAUCAGCUUGACGCAGGAGAUCGGCACUGUCGCGCCCCAGAUCCAGAUGCUCGGCGCGCUGGACACUCAGGCCGUGCCUCCGCGGACUGAGUCCAUGUACGUCAUCACCCUAAGCAAGGAGGCCGCCGAGCACCUGCAUGCGGCGCAUGGUCCCGCCCAGCAGAUGGCGCCAACGCACGUCCAGGGCGUCCACGUCAACCAGCCCAUCUCAAUCAGCCACACGGGCGAGCACAUGUCCAGCCACCACAUCCACGGACACACUUUCCAGAUCCAGGCCGGGACCGUCUACUCCACCGCCGCGCCGCCACCCGGACACCCUUGAGCGCAGCGUCACCGACGAAUCCAGUAAGCUAACACUCGUGGCAUUUAGUUACACUUGUUGGGGAUGAAAACAAAAAAACCGAGGCGGCUCAAAGUGCGCUAAACAAAACGUUACGUGUGCAUUAUUCCUACCAUUCCAGAAAACAAACAAACAACAUGAUAAACUCCAUGAUAAGUAAGUUUCACGUGGUAACAUGAUAAGUUAGUUACUUCCGGUUGAGGUGACUGGCUGGCGGAGUCCAUUUUGAUGUCUCAUAAAAUCAGUGUUACGAAUAGUGACUGACCGAUUUGUCGGCUAGCUGACGGGAUCAGUCAAAACUAGAAUCGGCCAAAAUCGGCAGAUUUUCUUUUUCCUUUAUUUAUGUAUUUAUUUAUUUUUGCCAAUUGUUUUACGUCUACAUUUUGGCUGAGAGUUGUCUCUCUUGAGAAGUUCGGCAAAUGCCAAAGGACAAAGCGUUUGAAAACAGUCAAAUGUUCUGACUGUGAUUCCUGUCGUUAUUUUGAUAAGCAUUAAGGGACUAAAAGUGUGAGUUGUUUUAUUCAUUAUGUAUUUUUUUUUCCUUAAUCCUCUGAUUGCAAACUCUGCGAAAUUUUAUUCUGCCAAAUUUCUGAAUUGGCUCUGACUCAAAACAAACAAACCCAAAAAAAUCCAUACAAGCCGCAGCGAUAAAAAAAUUUUUUACAAUUAUUUAAGCGUUAAAAAGAAGACAUGCUAGCUACCACCAGUGACCUGAACUGCAAGUAUUUGCCUCAUUUUGUGAUGUUGAACGCAGAAGCCAAAUGUCAUCACGUUAUUAGGUGAAACUUAAAAUGUCUCAUCUUUUAACACGAUAACUCUCACCAAGUUAUUACGUGAACCUUGUCAGAUUACAUUUGUAAAAACGUACUAUGUCACUUCAGUAACACAGUUUGACAGAAGUUUAAAUAAAGUUCAUUCAGAGCAACACCGUACUGUUGUUUUUAUUUAAAAAAAAAAAAUUCAACCAAGGUUUCAUUUCAGCCUCCACGUAUGCGUUGGGACAAAUGAAGCCAUUGAGGUCAUUUCUUUACGACUGCAUGUGGGCAAAUUAUACGGAUUGAAGAAAUAAACCAUGCGGCCGUUUUCAAUUCUACUUUACGCAACAUUUAAUAACAAAAUAUUUUAUUAAUUAAUGAAUAGGACUGAGUAUUAUUUGAUGAAAUAAUACAUUUAAAAAAAACGGAUGACAGGAGGCAAUUGUAACUGAAUUCCAAAAUGAAAUAUCGGUCUUUGAAAUGUGACAAACAAAACCCACUGUCCCGCCGUGACCCUUACCACUACCUCCUUGCUACCAUGGCGACAGCAAACUGAGCUACAUCUAUCGAAAGGUGUAAAAAUAUGCACAGCUCGGGCUCGAGGCCAACUGUGUUCCUCUCGGAUACAGAGACGCCAUUGGCCGGGAGCUCCGGGGCUUGCCAGCCAAUAGGAAAUGACCUCUCCAGACCACCUGCAACCAUGCAAUUCCUCUGGGGGGGGGGGGGGGGGGGGGGGGGGGGGGGAUUUUACACAUACACACACAAAUAAGAGAUUUGCUAGAGUGGCUCUCAAAGCUUUAUUUACAUGCACCGUCUCUUGAGAAGCUUGUAAACAUCACAUUUUUGUUCUAGUAGGAGCAAGAGGAGAGGGGCGAUGACAGCGCGCAAAAAUGAUUUACACUUAAAAAAAAAGUCAAAUUGUCAUCUUUACAAAAAAAAAAAAUUUAAGUGCUCCAGAAGGCGUGAAAUGGGUGGCGCUUGGAAAAAAAAAAGCUACGAACACAAUUCAUGAAAUAAUUAAAUGGGUCUUGGUGGUCUUACAAAUACUUUAAGAUAUAUAUAUAUAUAUUAUAUAUACUGUAUAUAUUAUAUAUUGCCCUUAGCUAUGCUUCCAGCUAUCUACAACACCCGAUUUCUAGCUAUGUACAGUAUAUGCGCAAACGUUUGGCAAUAUUUUCAAGUACUGUGAGUGACGAAAUGGCAAGAAUGGCUCGGAAGAUAAUGGCUCCCGUCACAGGGGGGCAGCACCUGCUAUAGUGCUGAUAACAAGGGUGGGAAAGGGUUGGGUUCCUCAUGCCGCCGCCCCCCCCCCCCCCCCCCCCCUGCUAUCAUCUCUUUUACAGCACCAAGAAGUCACCAAAUGACAGCGGAAUGAUUCCGUCUUCUGGAGCCGUUUAUCCCAUUAUUUCGCUAUUUACGCGACGAGUGACAAAAUUAAGGGCAAGCAGCAUCGCGGAAGUAAACAUUGUCAAUGAUUCAUUUUGUUUAAAAUGCGAUAGUACAGAAAAAUGGUGUAGAUCAACGCAAAGUCAAUCGUGAGAAUGCUGUCGUACUAAGGUAGGAAUGGCGCGACCUCACGGCACAAAGUAAAUGAUGAAAAAUUUGUGAAUUAAGGCGGGGGGGGAAAAAUAAUUUUAUGAGAAUAAAUAUGAAAACCAUGAAAGUUGUACAUUUACAAAUAUUAAGGGACAACAUUAGAAAAUAAACCAGCAUGAAAAAAAAUUGCCAUAUCACAGGAACAAAACUCAUACUAUUGUGGGAAUAAAAACGUAAAAUAACACGAUAAGUUUACAUAGUCGAACCGAGUUGCGUUUAAAAAAAACAACAAUUUGGAGAAAAAAAUAUCACAAAAGUAUUCAUGUGGGGAAAUUGCCAUAUCACAAGGAAAAAAGUAGUCAAUUCAUGUUAUGCAAUUUGACGAGAGCAGAUUUGUUCAAGAUUAAAGAGUCACCAUUUUAUGUCUGUGAGAAAAGUCACCAUUUUAGUGGAAUAAAGGUGCGAUCUAAUGAGGAAGACACUCAAAUAAAUGCGGAAGGAAUCACAAUGCUAGUGGAAUAAAAAGUGCAACAGGAAAAAAAAAAGUCAUCAAUAGAAAUAGUCGGAAUCUUAUGGCAGUAAAGGUGCACGGAAAAGUAUUAACUUAAACAACCAAGUGAAUCUUUCGUGAACUAUUUCUGAAAAUGCGGCUCGUGUGCGAGACUUGUGCUAAUGAACAUAGUUACCACCCCACAGAGUUCCUCCACCAGUGACAUGAUCAGCUAGCCUAAAUUCCAGCGCAAAAAAAAACGGAGCCCAAAACGCAGUGUUAGCACAGGCUAGCAUUAGCUAACAGUUGUUAGCAGCAUUAGCUUCUCGUGUUGUUCUGUUGACGUGACGGCAUAUGGUUAUUUGCGUUUGGCCGCGUCAUGCGGCAAACCGCUACAUGAAUUGACAAAUGUAAUUUGGUGGCUUGGUGGUGAAAUGUUGCGUCCACCAGUGAGCACUUCUUCCGAUAUUCCGCUAGAGUUGACGAUGGUUGGUCUGUAGCGUCCGACGUACCUUCUAAAACGAAACUUCACAAUGAUUUCACGAGUAAUCUCAAUCCCCUCACCCAUCCACCGCCAAAAAAAUAAAAAAUAAAGCACCUAAUGUGGCCACUUAGUCACGGAAUAGCUGUACACGUUCAUAUUUGGUGUGCAUCAGAUUUUCCUUUUAGUCAAGUAUUCUCCUUUAGUUUUCUUUUCCAUGUAAACAGGCCCUUGGCCCUUGUUUGGCAAAAAAUGUUGAUGUGGGAGAACAAAAUCAUCUUCCCUGAGAUGAACGCAACUUUUGUUCCUGUUUCAGUAUGAGACUCGCUCAGGUUCAUAGAAUUCCCCCCUCCCCGACCCCCCCGUUUUUUUAAGAAUCCAGUACACCAAACAUACGAGGUGUGACAAUAAAGAAACAAUGUCACUCACGACUCUGCUAUCGGAUUGUGUUAGCUUAAUUCCUGUUUGGUUAAAGCGGUCCUGGCAAAUUGGCACAUCAGAGGCGCUAGUGGCACAGCUAGCGAAUUCAUGGGUAGACUUAACCCCCCCCCCCCCAUUUCAAACCCAUACUUGCAGGACAGCGAGCCGAAUAAAAGCUACAAAACAGCUAGCUUAGACAGCUAUUAUCACCUUCCAUACUGCCUUCCUGGCAAAAUCAGCGUAUGGGGGCGCUCGGCUCCCUGCGAUUAGCUUCUGAUGCUAGCUUGGAAGCCAGAAAAUUCACAGAAUGACUUCAACCUCCAAUUCAAACAUCGGUACUGUACUCACAGGACAGGCAGCG